AUCUAGCUCUCAGAUUGGCUGAAAACCACACACUUGACUCUCAAAUGGUUGUUAAUUGCGUAGCCAAGUUAAUACUGCGUUUCCUUAAAACUAAGAACUAUACAAAGUAUGUGGAUGCUUAUGCAUAUGGAUAAUAGUGGCAUUAUAAGAAAACGGAAAAUACACGUUGAAAGUAAAAGUGUAUAAUAUACUUAAAUAAAACAGGUGCACUACGUCUGGAUGCCAAUACGAAUGACUUAACAAUGUGAAUGUGUUAUCUAUGAUGGACUAAAUAAAAAUCCCUUAACCAAAAUUAGGUCACGGUAUGAAAUAGUAAUAAAGACACGUGGGCGGAAGUCAGCGACGUCAUCAAAACAGUGAGACAGGCGGAGGAGAAGCAGCCCAUCAGUGGAUGUGACACGCUUACAAAUACAUAGACAACAACCCAGCGAGCAGCAGGACACGAUGAUCCAACUCCAGCCCCUCGUAUAGUGCAGUCGAUUCAACCGGACGGCGAAGUUUCGUCCCCUUUUUUUUGUAUCUCUCUCUCUCUCUUUCCCCGAGUACCUCCGAGGGAGCAGCGGCACCAGCACCAUGGUGAAGCAGUCGGACCGAGCCCCGCUGCUGGACUGGGAGGAGAUCCCACCGGCCGAUGCGAGCCAGGCGGCCCAGCAGCAGCAUCCGCCUCUGCCGUCGAGAGAGGAGAAGGUCGCACCGAAAAGUUCGCAGCCACACGGGCGGCGCCCACCCGCGGUGACCGCGGCUGGCACUGGGUGGAGCACCGCGGCCACCACCGUCACCCACAGCCCCGAGAGCAGCGCGACAGCCGCGGACCCCAGCGGGACCGGAAGCUCGGGCCGCCCGCGGACGAAGCCUCCCGGCCCCGGUCGCAAUGCUAUCUUCCCCGGCCUCUCGUCGAGGGACCAGUGGGAGGAAAAAGACCAGAUCGUGGCGGUGUUUGUGGUCACCUUUGGUACAAGAUCAGGGAAUAUGAUCGAGUGGUGCCUGCCUCACGACAUCAACCUGGAUGGAGUUGAAUUCAAGUCGAUUGCUAGCGGCUCCCACCGGAUCACCAGUGACUUUAUAUAUUUCCGUAAAGGCUGUUACUUUGGUCUGGCCUGUUUUGCCAACAUGCCCGUGGACAGUGAGCUGGAGCGAGGGGCGAGGAUGAAGUCAGUGGGGAUUCUGUCUCCCUCCUACACUCUCCUCUACCGCUACAUGCACUUUCUGGAGAACCAAGUCAGGCACCAGUUGAAGUGCCCGGGCCAGUACUCUCCUCUGGAGGCCUUCUAUGAGGACAAGAAGGCCGUGCUUCCCCCUACAGGAAAUGGUCUGGUCACCGCCUGCCCGACAUGGAGUGUCACCACCAUCAACCGCUGUAUGCACCCAGAGAUGAAGAUCACCCACCCGGCCGGCUGCAUGUCCCAGUUCAUCCAGUUUUUUGGGGAGCACAUCAUGGUGCUGUGGAAGUUUGCCCUGCUGAGGAAACGGGUCCUCAUCUUCUCCCCUCCCCCCAUCGGCGUCGUCUGCUACAGAGUGUAUUGCUGCUGCUGCUUGGCCAAUGUUUCCUUACCUGGAAUUGGCGUCUCUGUGCCGGAAUUGCGGCCUUUCUUCUACAUCAACAUAGCCGACAUCCCGGCCCUGGAGACAGAGCUGUCCUACGUGGCCUGCACCACAGAGAAGAUUUUUGAGGAGAAGAAGGAGCUGUACGACGUCUAUGUUGAUAACCAGAACGUGAAAACGCACAGGAGCCAUUUGCAGCCGCUGCUUCGACUGAAUGCAGCGGAUAAGGAGAAGUACAGGAAGCUGAGUGAACAGAGGCAGAUGUUGCUUUACACUCAGGAGGUGGAUGGAGACUGCACGACAAAUGAAGAGGAUCUUUUCAUCCUGUUCUUCAUGGAGCUCAACAACCGCAUCUUUCAGAUCCUGUCUGAUGUAGCAGGGAGCACCGACCCCACCCUCACCUCCGAGCACGUGAGGGCCAUGGGGCUGGAUCCCCAGGGCGAUCGAUUCUUCCUGCUGGACCUGCUGGAUGUGUACCAGAUUGACGUCGCGCUGGUCAUAGACAACCUCUGCUGCUCCUGAACCCCCUCCACCAACACGGCCCCCCGCCCCCCCCUCCCCCCCGCGCCUCCCUCCAUCCUCACCCACCAGCCUGGGAAACUCUGAGCGCCACGGAACACUUGUGCCUUUACGGCCCAGUCGCGACAAGACGACGUAGACACUGCCUCCACCCUGGGACCUCCAUCUGUCGCCUGCUGUCCCCUCCUGGGUGUCUGUUUUCCCUCUUGGUGCGUCUCAUCUGACCCGCGGAGACUGUUUCCAAACAGUGCGGAUGCUGGAGACGGUUAACGUUGUGGGACCGCUCCCCGGGGGGAGGUAUGGAUUUGGUCGGGACGUUCCUGCGGGAGGAUCGGUCGUUCUUCGCAGCACCAAGCACAAUGAAGAGGUCGUUGAAACCGCCGCGGUCCCGCAGCCUUUGGGUCCACAUACGUUUCCUCUUGAAGAAAAAGAUUCAGAAUAUGUGGAUGCGUUUGUACUGCUGAAUAUGAAUUUGUGUGCUAUGAAUAGAUUUUUCUUUAGAAAGCUCUAGGCAUCAUAAUGUGCAACAAAUUCAUCCUGCUGCAAUAACCUACUUGGUGAAUCAAAUGCUUUUUGAUUGCUUUAUUUACCAACAUGGAAGCAAUAGCACCAGCCCUCUUCAUGUUUCAUUGUUUUUCUUGUUUUUACUCUUUCUUUCACUACUGAAAGUGAGCUGGAGGAUGUUUGACAUCCUCUUUUUCGAUGGGGACUGCACCUUUAACACAAGGUACAUCUGAUGAGGUGUUUGAUCGCUGUCAAAUGCGUUCUGGAAACUUUGUGUUAGUGUUACAUGUCUUACCUUAAUCUGAGGUGGUUGUUGUUGUCGUCAAUGACACCACUAACUUAUCACGAAUGCUGCACCGCCACCACUGACAUAUUUCAAGAUGCACACAGUGAUUGUGGUUAAGGUGCAUAUUUCUUUGCUAUGUUUUUGACUAACAGUCUGAGUCAGUAAGUGGUUUGGUAGCGAGGGGGCUUUGUGUGUUGCACUGUACACGGUUUUUCUCUGUUUGUUUUUUUACUCCAACUGCGGGCUAGUUCAUCAACGGCAGCCAAUCUUAUCUUGUGAUCGUGCGGGAGUGAAGAGUUCUUGAUGGAGCUGCUUGUGGUUUACCCGUUGAGCAGCUUUAAAGAGAUCCUCUUUGCGUUUCUGCGUCCCUCACAGAGAUCUCUUUGUUUUAGGAAAUCCGGUGUUGUUCACAGUGAAGAAUGGGCAGACGCUUCAAGAGCCGCCGCCCUCCAUCUGUUGUAGCUGAGGGUUUUUUUUUUUUUUCUUCCUUCUUCUGGUUUUUUUUUUAUCUCAGUCCCACUGAGUAAAUCCAACUGUGUCUUUUGAAUUAUCCUGAGUGGUUUAUUUAAUCUGUUAUGUUGCUAAUCGGAGUAAUAAUUCGUUCCAUGUUGGAACACAUAACAACAAGCCUUAUGUCUCCUAUAAUUUUCGAGUACUGGUUCUCAGCCUUCUCGUGAACCCACUUAAACAAGCUAAGACACAUAGUCGUAUCUGUGGAGCAUCUACAAAGACCCAUUUUUGAUUUGGUAUCACAUUCCAAAAGUGAUCUUUCCGAGGUUGGAUUUGAAUUUUGACAACUGCUGUCCUCUGACUUGAACCCCAAAGAGGUUUUCUGGGUUGGAUACAAAGUGAAAACGUGCACAAAGUAUUGUAUUUGAAAGCGCUUUUUUGUUUAAAUGGGGCCUUAAUGAAAAUGUCAUCCUCUCCAACUCACAACAAUGUGACUGACUCAUUGCGUGGUGUCACACUGAGGACCUCACCGUGUCCAGUUAAACCUGUUGACUCUAUUUACUUGCAGCAGGCAUAAUAUUCUUGCCUGUGACAGUGUUUGCUUUCCGGUGUAUGUAAUAAGGAAUGUACGCAACACAUACCACUGUAUGCAAUGCCUUCUUUUGUGGAGUCAUUCACAGAUGUGUACCAGCAGUCCUUUGUACAGCGCGUCACUCUAUUGAAUGUCAAAGAACGCUAAAGUAUUGCACACAUGCAAACAACACAUCCAAGUUGUGUAACUGUUUCCUCCUUGAUUGUGAUGUAAAUCAAGUACUGUACAGUCACAGAAUAACAAAUUAAGUAAAUUAAUUACUAAUGUGAAACACUGUAAGAUGUCAAUAAUGUAAACAUGAACUCAAUAGCAUGAUCAACUGUUUAUUUCACUGUACUGCCAUUGUAACACAAUAAAGCAUUGAUACAGUUUAGGUGUUUGGAUCCUCUGCUUCUGGCCUUGCAUAACUGUUUCUCCAUGUCCUUCGUAAUCUUGCUCCACCUACAUCCCUCC